CUUUCCACUCUCUUUUCCACCGCUUUACUUCUCACUCUCUCUGGUUAUGUAAACAAGGGCAUCUCUCUCUCUACAUGGUAUUGUUUUGGCAGCAAAUGCGUGCACGAGCAGUGUAGGGCUCCCAUUGCAUCUCCAUGGACGCGGCAGCACUGGGAGCUUUACAUUACCAGCCAUGGAGUCUCCUCCCUUCUUCUUCCAUGUCCAGGAAAUUAUCACUAAACCCCACAUUUGCGAGCUUCCCGUUAAAGAAUCCAUGUGGGUGGGCCUUUCAUUUUUCCUGCUCAAGUCAUUGUGGUGCUUCAACAUGGGUUCAUCCGUGUGACUAUCCAUCAGCAUAUUCGAGAAAGUCUUUCUUACUUAUGGAGAGAAGGCACUUCUCAUUUAAUAUUGACAAAAGAUUUCCUGUUCUCUGUUCCAAUGGGUACCAAAAUGGCAGUUUGGAGGAUGGAUCAACGCAAUGCCAGUCAUCUUUAUCUUCUGUGAUGUUGGAAGAUGGCGAUAAUGUGCUGCAUUCAGUUGAUGACAGUGCCUUGAACAGUCACAGCUCCAAACCUAUGAAGUUUAAAAAUCGAUACCUAAACAUGGUUCGUCUAGGAUCACUGUUCAGUGAUGCUGCAGAGUCUUUUUUUAAAAGCGAAAUAAGACGGAGAUUAUUCGUAACAGCCAUGCUAAUUCUCGUCAGUCGUAUUGGAUACUUCAUUCCAUUGCCUGGCUUUGAUCGAAGGUUGAUGCCUGAAGAUUACCUUAAUUUUACUUCUGGUUCUGUGGAUGAACUAGGUGACUUUACUGCUGAGCUUAAGCUCUCCCUCUUCCAACUUGGAAUUGGUCCUCAAAUAGCAGCAUCUAUUCUUAUGCAGGUAUUAUGCCACCUUCUUCCUUCACUUGUGAAGCUAAGAAAAGAAGGCUUAGAUGGUCAUGAGAAGAUUAAGGGCUAUAUUUGGUGGAUUUCUCUUGGCUUUGCAGUACUGGAAGGUGUUAUUAUUUCUUGUUAUUCCCUUCCUUAUUCGAUAUAUGCUGCUACUCACAGAUUACGGCAUGUGAUUAUAAGUACAUGUUUAUUAGUUUUUGGAGCAAUGUCUAUGACAGGGAUCUGCGACAAAAUAACUGAAUCUGGAUUCGGUCAGGGUUCAUCCUUGAUCAUAUGUGUUAGCAUAUUAAUAGGGUACACUGAGACAUUGUACAAGAUGUUGGCUCAGUUCUCAGGCAGCAUAUUCAAUUGGUGGCCUUAUGUGCUUGGAUUACUUGGCGUUUUCACUAUAGUUACCAUGUGGGCUGUGCUAGUUACUGAGGGUUGUAGAAAAAUCAAGUUGCAAUAUUAUGCUUUUAAACUUGCUUCUUCCACAAGAGAUGAUUCGCCGAUUACUGAGGUGGAGCCUUAUAUUCCUUUCAACAUUAAUCCAGCAGGAAUGCAGCCCGUCCUCACAACCACCUAUCUAUUGGCAUUUCCAAGCAUUAUUGCAAGCGUCCUUGGAUCGCAGUUUUUGGUGCGAGUGAGAGAUAUCUUGAACCCUGAGGCAUCAAAACCAUGGAUUUUCUAUUCACUUUAUGCAUUUCUUGUCUUCAUGUUCAACAUAUUUGACAUUGCUAAUCUUCCCAAAGAAAUUUCAGAUUAUCUAAACAAAAUGGGUGCGAGAAUACCAAAUAUAAAACCUGGGAAGGCCACAGUGGACUAUUUGACAAAAAUUCAAGCAUCAACACGUUUUUGGGGAGGGUUAUUGCUAAGCAUUUUGGCUACUUCAUCAACAUUUGUUGAUCAUUAUUUGCGACGUAUUAAUGAGGGAUUUGGAAUAGGUUUCACUUCAGUCCUAAUUAUUGUUGGUUCAAUCAUAGAGUUGCGAAGGUCAUAUCAGGCAUACAAUGUUAUGCCAUCCUUGAGCAAAGUUUUGAGACGGUAUGGAGUCUGAAGUUGAGAGUGUAAUCAGUGAAGUUGUCAGCGAUGAUAUGUGCACGAACAGCAUGCAGGUCUGGACAAAUGAUAGCCAUAGAUCAAGAGCAUUUGUUCCUAAAAAGUGUUCCAGUAUACUUAGGUGAAACCACAGAACAAUGAAUCAUUCAUGGAAAUCUGAAUGUUGUAGUAAAUUUUUAAUGGAAAAAGCAGAUGUGCAUAUGUGGUGUAAGUUGAAUAUCAUUUUCUAUUGUCAUUGUAGCUCGCAAUAUACCAAAAAAUGGCUGUAUUUCUGAAAGUACUCAAAAGUAUCUAUAUUAGCAGAUAUGAUCUCUUCUCAGGU